AUGAACUCUUGGCACGGUGAAUAUAUACCCUGCCAAGCGUUAAAGCAUGAUACCAUCAACUUUCACAUUGAAGGCGACACUUACUAUAUUCCCCAAGUGAAUAGGUGCGAUAGACGUCAACAGACCUGUAACGCGUUGCGUCAGAACAUCAACUCUAAAAUGACGAACAAGGCAACAUGUGUGCGCCGUGCCGAACGGCAUUUCACACAGGAUCACGGCGAUGGCAUUCACUCCUGCAAUCGAUGCCGGAUAAUACUGCCGAAUUGCGCUCGCUCAGUACUCGUCGCAGUACAGUCGCUAUGCCACGAUUCGUCGCCUUGCCACAAAAACGUACUUAGCCUCGACUGUGUUUGA